AUUUCCUGUGGGACGGUUCCCAUUUUUUGAUCAAGUCAAGCCAAUUAUCUCUGUAUGUGGAGAUCACCCAGAUGGUGAUGAGUUCUGAUUGAAAAGGGCCCAAGCCAUUCAAAUGACUGCGAGGCGGCUGACUUUGAGAUCCCUGCCUUUUACUGGCUCAUAAGGGGCCAAAAACUUUUGUCUUUUUUAGGGAAAAGAAAACAAAUUAUAUCCUAAUGAACAAAGCUUAGAGCCAGGAAGUAGUCAAGGAGAGGUGAUUUUCUCUAUUUGAAAAUUUGCUCAGUUUUCUGGUGAAUGGACGCGCUUGUGGGUUGAGAGUUAUCUGCAAGUUCCUUUCACAGAUCCUUACAGAUGAGGAAGGUAAUUUAAGCCCACUUCAAACCCACAACCGCAUCUAAAUGUCCAGUUGCUCUUGGACCAUUUGAAGAUUCUUGCCAACUCCACUCUUUUUCAUGAGUCUCUUCCAUUGUUCCAACAGACACCCCUAUCUACCGUGAGACACUAUUUGAUCUGUUGGGACCUGUCAACUAGAUUAUGGACCAGACCAAAUGCCCUCAAAAUAUGUUCAGAAGAUAGUCUAGACCCUAAUCUUUUGUUAUUUUUAAAGGAACACCCAUCUUUCUUUCUUCAGCAUCAGUAACGCAUUUGUCCAUGUUGGCUGCCACCUGUGGAAGAGUCAGAACAACCUCUGCAGACAUUCCUCCGUUUCAAUAUGAUCCUUCUAUGGAGUCCGCUCCAGGAAUGUUCCAGUUUUGGAGCAAUGAAGCAUUUGGAGGCUCUCGCACAAUGUCAUUCAGUCCUCCAAAGGCUCAGUAUUCCUGUGGAACGGCACCAUCAGCUUUGGGUUCACAUGAACUCCCCCUGACCCCUCCAGCAGAAUCGGUCUACACGUUUGAGCUGUCUUCUAUGAAGAUUUUGACAACUUCAGUUCCUGCAAGUUGUGCCUAUUCUUACCCUGACACUGCUAAUGGAAUUGCUCCAAACUUCUCCAACUUCAUUUCCAGUUCUUCCGCUUUGCAGUCCAGACAUGUAUCUCCGAAUCAUGCUGAUGAAAUCCCUUGGUGGAGCAUGCAACAACCCGAUCCUCUCCAUCUUCACCAUCUCCAGUUUGGAAGACCCUUGAUCCCAGGCCAUCAAACCCAGUUGCCAACCGCACUCCAGAGUUCUUCCAAGAGCCUUGUAAACUGUUCCAGGCGUUGUAGGCGAUGUAGAUGCCCCAACUGCCAAUCUCCCAACAACAGUGGGGAAAAGGGGAAGAAGAAACAGCAUAUCUGCCACAUUCCUGGCUGCGGGAAAGUCUAUGGAAAGACUUCCCACCUGAAGGCUCACCUGCGAUGGCACGCUGGGGAACGCCCCUUUGUUUGCAACUGGCUCCUUUGCGGGAAAAGUUUCACCAGGUCUGAUGAGCUGCAGCGACAUCUGCGGACACACACUGGGGAAAAGCGCUUCUGCUGUCAAGAAUGUGGCAAAAGGUUCAUGAGGAGUGAUCACCUCUCCAAACACACCAAAACCCACCAAAACAAACGGCUAAAGCACACCAGCACGACUCUGGAGAACAUCAAGAAGGAAUAAGGAAAAGCAGCUUCCCUGAUUUGGUUCUGGGACAACCCCAUUAACGGGCUGCUGAGCCAUGCAGGGCAGGUAGUUCUGAAGUUGGAUCCCUGCUCUGUGUUGAGUUCACUGAUCUCAGCCAGGGUGACAAUAAGGGAUACUGUAUUUAGCUUGGUGUCCCUGGGCUAGGGAAGGGGGAAAAUCAGCUAUGAUUUCUGCUCUGAACCACUGAAUAUUGAACUUUUUGCUGUGAAACUACACGUGAAUGUUGAACAGGGGACAGGCUGUGCCCAUGAAACCCUAAGUCGGUCACCUAUUUGCUAGAAAAGGUGGGGGUGGGGGGAAUAGAAUUAAGAUAAACUGGAGUAGGAAGCAUGAGGGGGGCAGGGGGGGAAGAAUAGUUUGUGGAAACAACAGGAUAAAUGAUGAGGAAAUUCAAGUAUUUCAGUCUGAAGGGGAAAUCUGGUUGAUAACUCUUAACAUACCUCAAGGUUGAUAGUGUAUUUCUAAACCAUUUUGAUGUAUUAAAAACACCAUGAAGUGAUGUCAUGACUUGCAGAAUAGUUGAAAAGAGAUCUAUUAUUGACAACAGAUCUAUUUUGAAUGUUGAAAAUCCCAAAUCAUGGACAAACCCUUUUUCUGGCAGAACUCCUACAUCGUGUGCAUUGAAAGUGACAACUUUUGAUCAUCUUUGUCUCCCCUUUUAAAAGAGACAACAAUCUCUGACUUAUUUACAGCCAUAGGCAGUGUUCCUGGGAAUUGAGCAUUUUUUGGAGACACAAUUAGCUUAUGUACAAGCUUGCACACUAUUUCCUAAGACCAAAGUGAUUCAUGUUAGAAAUUGACUUGAUUCCACAUCUUGUUUGAAUCAUCCAAGGCCUUUUAAUAAAUAAGGAAUGUGCCAAAUAUGGUAUGUAAAUAAAAAGUACAAAUCA